AUGCCACAAGAGUUUGUCCUCCUCCAGUGUUUUGAGUGUUGUUCCUUUCAAGUCCACAUCAAAAACAAAACAAAGAAAUUUGCGUGUAAAAUGUGUGGGGCAAAGCAGUCGUAUCGGCACAUCUUUGGCAUUUCCAACCAAGCCAAAGACCUUCGACUUCUUUGUGGCAAAUACAACUCCGAGCGAAUAACAAAAGAAGAACAAGAAACACGGGAAAAAGGCGAGCAAUAUUUGAUGGCGCAGAAUGAACUCGAAAAUGAAACUGAAUAUAAUAGCAGCGAAUUAUUCGAAGAAAAAAAAUCCACCCCUUCCCUAUGGGAAAAAUUUAAUGAACCAGAAACAGACGAUGGCGGGUUAAUCCAUCCAACAACGCCACUUCAAAUCGAAAAAAGAAGUAAAUUAAUUCGAAAAGAAAAGAUCGAACCAAUCACUUUGAAAGAUACAAAACCACCAAUUGCACCAAAAGAUGUCGACAACUUACUCGGACUUUUUAACACCUCAAAUUCAUCAAAAAGUAAAGUAAAACCCACCCACUGCAAACUUAAAGUCCAAAGUCCAAAAGAUGAUGAUUAUGAUAUCGACGAUUUGAUGGACUUAUUUGAAGAACACAUAACAAAAGAACCAACAAAGAGUGAAGCAAAACCAAUCAAACAAUCGACACAUCAAAUUUCGAAAAUUGAAGACAAGAAAAACAACUCAAAAAAGGAGACACAAAAGGCUUCUACGGAUCAUCACACUCUCACACCAACACUUUUAAAGACUAAACCAUCAAUUUCAUUCGCUGCUUUACUCAAAAAAGAAACACAAAACAAAAAGGAAGAGACAGACCACUUUCUAUUCGUUCAAGAAGAUCCUUUAACUCCUCAAAACACACACAAAACAGGGUCCGCCUGGGACGACUUUUAA